AUGUGGACGCCCCUCACAUUCUGCACCCUUCACCUCAAAGAACUCCGUUCCUGCUUCAAGCAGGGACAUCAUCAAGGCAUUAUGAUAUCGGGGCUAUCACCUCACAUCUUGGCGCCCCGCGUAGCUGCCAUCCGCGAGCAGGCAGCCGCAGCUGGUCGUGAUCCUGGUAGUGUUAAGAUUUUCGCCGUCAUUACACCAGUCAUUGGAGGAACAGAUGAGGAAGCUAGUGCAAAGUACCGCAAAGCCUUGGAAUAUGCCAGCUUCGAAGCUGGUCUUGCUUUUUUUUCAGGUAAUGCUGGAAUAGACCUCGCCAAGUACGAUCUCGACGCAGAAAUAAGACCAGACGAUGCUACAAUUGACGGGCGGGUUCACUCUUUGGUUAGUAGUCUCAAGUAUCGUGGCGACGACAUCCCAGCUUGGACACCUCGCAAUAUCGGAAAAGCCAUGGCAAUCGGCGGGAACGGACCUGUACCCCUCGGAUCGGCGGCUCGAGUGGCCGACUUCCUCGAAGAGUGGGUGAGAAUUGCAGAUUUAGAUGGUUUCAACGUAGGCCAUGUCACAAGCCCUGGAAGCUUCGAAGAUUUGGUAGAUUUGCUAGUGCCUGAGCUCCGUCAAAGAGGACUAUAUGGGCAUGACGGACUCUCGGGAGAUGGCAUCACUUUGCGUGAGAGGAUGUACGGUGCUGAUCAGAAGCAUCUCCGCAAUGACCACGUUGGAAGUCACCUCAAAUAUAAAUAG